AUGGACAUGAAGAAGAAGAAGAAGAAGAAUAAGCGACAGAAAUUCUGGGUACCUCUACUCUCUAAUUCGAAGUUGGAUCCCAUCGGACGGAUGGAGACUGACACUCCCACAGCCAUGGAGACUCCCACCGAAACCGACAAAAAAAAGACCUCCGUGGCAUCAGCAUUGGGGUGUUACGCAUGGAGGACAUCAACGUUCAAUGCCAAAAUAUUACGACACGGAGUGGAAGAUGAACUUUCCGGCUCCGUCGAAACCAUAACAUCGACUAGUCCUUUCUCUUACUCCCUCGGUAGUGAUACUUUCGCCGACUUCAACGGCGCCAAAACGCAAUCGCAAACUCGAGAAGUUAGUUCUCGAGACAUCUGGUUCAACAAUGUCAAGUCCUUCCUUCGUUGGCUCUUCAUCGUAGCCGGUGCCGGUGCCGGUGCCGGUCACCCAGCGGAGCGGAGCAGAGCGGAGGAGACGGAGUGGACCCAAAAGACGGAACGGGCCGAGGGGAGCGGGUCACGUACCGGAAAAGUUCCCGUCUUUACCUCCGUCCGUCAAAGUGGACACCCACCCACCCCCAAAAAAUUUCACACGUGCACAGACCACCAGGAUCUCUUCGGAGGGGAGAAUCAUUUCUAUAAGAGUGGCGAUGAUCUGUACCCCGGUUUCUCAAGGUCUGCCUUCGGGCGCUUGGGCGGGGUGGGUUUCGAUGGAAGUCUGACCGGCCUACAUCACACCUUUUUUUUCAUUGUGCUCUUGGGUUCCUUUUUCGGGAGGGGCUCAGGACGCGAGGAAGAACGAUACCUGCAACCUACUGGCGGAUGUACUGCUGGUGAAUGGUCUGGGUGUGUUUUGCCUGUGGACAUUACUGAAGAGUCUGGGCUGCUCUCAGUCGGCGUUCAGCUGUGA